AUCUCACCCCAAAAAAUGCAAGCACGCACACACUUUCAUGCCCCCCACCCCACCCUAAGGAGGGCAGGAGGAGGAGUCACACCCCUGGGAUAUAAAGAGAAAGACAACCGAGAGAAGACAUCACAAGCCAAGACAACGGAAACGACUGACUGCCUCCUUCUCCAGCAACUAAUUUGCGGCAUGUCACCCGGCUCCCGUCUCUUGGUCCUCUUGGCAACCGUGAUGCCGUGGUGGGUGGCAGUAGCUGGCGAAGAAGCGGCUGGAUGCAAGGUCCGCAUCACCAACAAGGGCCUGGACAUGCUCAAAGCAGAGACUCAGAAGUUUGUGGAGGAUGAGCUGAGUAACAUCCGCAUGCCGGAGAUGAGUGGCAAUGAGGGAAAGUUCUACUACAAUAUCACAGAUGUGCAGAUCACGGAGCUGAACCUGACCUAUGCUGACUUGAGCUUCCUGCCGGACGUGGGUCUGAUGUUUGACGUGCAGAACUCGUCCAUUGCGCUCAGCUUGCACAGACAGCUCCUCUACUGGUUCUUUUAUGACACAGGAAACAUCAAUGCGUCAGCCGACGGCGUCAACAUCGACACGACCGUCGGCCUGGGCCGAGACGCAGACGGACGCCUCAAGAUCCAUAAUGUCACCUGCCGAGCCAAAAUAGAGAAGAUAAGGGCAAAGUUCAGCGGAACACUUGGGAGAGUUUAUGACAUCCUAGGAAAGUUCCUGACCACCGCCAUGCGCCUGGUUCUCAACAGACAGAUCUGUCCGGCUCUGCGCCACGCGUCUUUGGUGCACGUCAACUCCAUGCUGGAGACCAUUCCGGUGAGGACUGAGGUGGACAGUUACAUUGGCAUCGACUAUUCCCUGAUAGAUGAUCCGUUGGUCACGUCGCAAAGUCUGGACAUGAACUUCCGAGGGAUGUUCUUCCCCCUGUCAGAUGAGCAUGACAUCCUGAUAAACUACGCGGCGGAGCCCCUGAUCCAAGAGUAUAACAGGAUGGUCUACUUGGCGCUGUCAGAGUUCUUCUUUGACAGCGGCUUGUACUCCUACUACAAGGAGGGAAUCUUCCAGAUGAACAUUACUAAUGACAAGAUGCCCAAAGAUCUGGAGAUGCUGCUGAGGACAACCUACUUUGGAACCAUUAUGAUGCUGAACCCGGCGGUGAUGGACUCGCCCGUGUCUUUGGAGCUGUCCGUCAAUGCGGCGCCCAAGACCACUAUCAAGACCUCUGGGGCGACGGUCGUCAUGACUGCCAUUGUUAUGGUGAUGAUGACGCCUGCCGGGCAGCCGCCACUGCAACUCAGCAGCAUGACCAUGGAAACCACAUUCAACGCCAAAGUUUUUAUCAGAGGAAAACGUCUGGCGGUACAAGCCGACCUGCGCAGGUUCAAAAUCUACUCCAACCAAUCAGCGCUGGAAUCUCUGGCACUGAUUCCUCUCCAGGCCCCUUUGAAGACAGCCCUGCAGAUGUCAGUGGUUCCUCUCAUCAACAAUUGGACCAAGCGCGGAGUUCGCAUUCCUCUGGCUGAGGGGAUGGACCUCAUUGAGGAUGUGGUGGAAUAUCACAACGGUUUCAUCGUGAUCGGUGCCAACCUUCACUUCAGCAAAGGCCUGAGGGAGAUGGCGGUUGGGCCGUAAACACAGCGCUGCGCCGCCUUUGACGUCCGAUCCGUCGAAACGAGGGGCACCAGAUCGGACAUUGGCGGCGCCAAAAACACCCUCGUUGUAGGAUACCGACAGCCACCCUCCAACCCCCAUUCUAUCCGCCGCCCGGUCCGAAAGGAUCAGCCGUCUUAGCCUAGCUUAGCACGGACACACUAAAAAGUGUUUGUCUGACCGCUUUUAUUGGGACUCUCCGCUGUUAGAUUAAACCUGUGUGGGCGAUGUCGUCGUAACCGUGGAAGCCGCACUUUGCGCCCGCCACCCUGCAGCCGAACGUCAGCGCCUCCUGCAGGGGGCGACCGCGGGCCAGCUUGUGAAUAACAGCGGCGUUAAAGGUGUCGCCCGCGCCCAGCGUGUCCAGUACGCGCUCCGGGGGGAAGGCGUCAGAAUGCAGCAGCGUCCCGUCGGCAUCAGCCGCGUCCGCUCCUUUCUCAGCCCAGGCGCAGAUCAGGACGGCUCUGGAGGGACAGGAGGGGAGCCAGCGCUAAAUCACUCUCCUCGCCGUGUUGUUGUUUCAAACUCAAUUCUGCUCAUGUUUCGGGAAAUCGACAUUGUGUAAUUUUGAAAUUAUGGAAUUGAAAAGGUGCUUAACUUUUUCAUAGCCAUUGAUAGAAAUUAGGGCUGUCAAACGUUUAAAAAUUUUAAUCGAGUUAAUUACAGCUUAAAAAUUAAUUAAUCGUAAUCAAUCGCAAUUCAAACCAUCUAUAAAAUAUGCCAUAUUUUUCUGUAAAUUAUAUAUAUAUUCUGUAAAAUAAAUUGUUGGAAUGGAAAGAUAAGACAAGAUGGAUAUAUACAUUCAACAUACGGUACAUAAGGACUGUAGUGGGCAUUUCACUCUACUGUCAUUUAAAUCUGUCUAUGCUGUCCUCACUCCGAAGCGUCUACUUUUUCCAAAGCUAGACAGCUAGUGAACGACGCCUUAAUAAUCAGACUUCUUCCUUUUUCAUCUGAUUUAUUAAUAAAAUGGCCUCAAACCAUUGUCCUCUUUAGACCGUUGUAAAACUACAAAAAAAAGUACACAAGCAUUGCAUUAGCAACAACGUUAGCUUAGCACGCUAUACAGGUCCACUAAACAUACACAAAAAGCGUCUCAUACAAAAAAUAUAACGUUUCGCUUGCUAACAUAAUAUGUACAUUCUUUACAACAACCAUACUUACUGUCAAAUCUUGUCCAAGGAUCAUAUAAGCACAACAUUACAACGUAGGCGUCAGCCAGAGACGUCGUGCAGCCAUAUUGAACUGGCAAGAAAACAAUAAACCAUUUCGCAAAGCGACCACAAGAGUUCGCUGUUAGACAGCACAAAAAGCCUUGCUGUAAAACUUACCAAAAGGCAGAAUACUGUCUGAGCGGGACGUGUGCGUUAAUUGCGUCAAAUAUUUUAAAGUGAUUAAUUUUAAAAAAUAAUUACCGCCCGUUAACUCGAUAAUUUUGACAGCCCUAAUAGAAAUCCAAUCGUGUGUUGUCCAAUCAUGCUUCUGCUGUGAAUUUGUGAGUUUUUCCACUCGUAGACAUCCAAUUAGUUUAAAGUGGGAGGAUGGCAUUUGCUACGAGCCCUUCUACUUCAGAUUGGAUGUCUGGUACCGUCAAUGGCACCAAUAGCCAACGAUUUGACAUUUAUAAAAAUAAUCAGUUGAGAAAUAAGUUAGUUAAGACUUAAUGUUAAUGUCAAUGCAUUGACUUCUAUAGGCAUGUCGCCCAUACCAACAUAGCCACCCCAAAGCCAUUUUAGUAUGGGCAAUAAAAGUUUUUUUUUUAAUCCUUCUGCUGUAAACUGGAAUGAAUUUGUCCUUAGUUUAUAACUUGUAAACAUUUAAUCAGCUUAAAGUGGGAGGGUGGCCAACCCUUUCACUUCAAACGGAUUGGACAGCUAGUAAAUCGCAGAUGCUUUGACUUUGUUAAAUACGAACUUAGCUAGUUAUGACUUGAUUUGUAUGUCAAUGCAUUGACUUUGAUGUGACAGUCGACCCUCGAAACAUGGACUGGCUGAGGUAAUGUUGGAAAGGUCUUUCAUUUUAUGCCAUCAAUUGAAAUUGAAUUGAUUAUUUCUUCAAAAAUAUUUUUUCUAAGUCUUUGAAAUUUUGAAAUAAACUUGGCAGGCACUGACCCCGGCCGGAGUCGAGGUCGGAGUCCUCGGAGGGCGCAGGUCGGCGUCUGGAAGCCCAGGUGGCGAGCCACAUCUUUGCUCACAAACACCUAACGCAGGUCAUAAACAACAAAAACACAAAAAACUGUCAAUAACUUUUAAAUAUAAGACAUUUCCACUCCGAAAUAAAAAAAAUCCAGAAAUCCCAAUCACGCCAUUGUCAUAGUAUCGGAAUCAGGUUUAAAAAAACAACAACAAAAAACGGGUUUUUAAAAUUUAUUUAUUUUUAAGUGUUAACUCAUUGGCUGCUGUAAUGUCACUAAGCGUCCAAUCCAUUUUGACUUUCAAAUUGGAUUGACGUCCAGCGCCGUAAAUGGCUGUCAAACAAGUUUACUGAAUGCAAGCAUCCACAGUUGAAAUUAAUUUUAUGUCUAUAAUAGGUGGUGGAACUUUAAAUGAUUAAUUCCAAUCAAAUAAUUGCAAAAAAUGUAGCGAGUUUAAAACAAUGAAUAUUUACUUGAUCGUCAGUGCACAAUUUUAGACGGCCCGGGGCAGUUUCACGGAAGCAAGUACUGAUGUCACGAUACUAAAGUUUUAACUUGACGUCAAUACUUCCAAAAAUAAUACUCAAUAUGUUUUUUAUACAACAAAUCCUAAAUUAAAUGUAAUUUUUUUUGGACUCAUUGCUUCUCCAUCGAUGGUCAUUUUUGUUUUUAUUAAUUUGGCCCCAAAAUAAAUAGGAACAUGUACAGGAAGUGCCAGGAAUGCUCAAAAGUCAUCAGAAAGUAACCCAAAAUCAACAGGAAGUGACCUGGAAAUGCCCCAAAAUCAACAGGAAAGAAUCCGAAAUGUACAGGAAGUGAUCCUGGAAGGCCCCAAAAUGUACCAGAAUUGUCUCAAAAUCAAUGGGAAGUGACACUAAAAUUAACAAGAAAGUGACCCAAAAUUAACCAGUUGCCCACCUUUGACAACGAUAGACAUCCAAUUCAUUUAGAGUGGGAGGACUGGCUCUAAAUGCUCAUGUUUGGCUGCCAUUGACAGUGCUAGACGUCCAAUCCAUUCUGACUUGGAGGGGCGCAAACUUCUUUCACCCUUCCCAGUCACAAAGAAUAGGAUUAAUCAUUAUGGAUAGGACGUCUAUUGCAGCCAAUGAGAUAACAUGCAAAAAAUAUUCUCCAUUACUAUCAGUAGUAGUGCAAAAUCAAAUACCCAAUGACAACAAAUGACCUGUCACUGCAAAAAUAUCAAUCAAAUAUCAUAUCCGUCUGUAUGGAUACUUUUGACAACCCUAACUAUUAGCGCCAAUAGCAAUCAGGAUCACAACUUGAGCUAAAGCGAGUCUACUGACCACAUCGGCGCGAUCAAAGAGCUGAUAAAGCUUUUCUCUGGGCUUCUCAAUCUCCACGGAGACGACGAUCAUGCGCUCCGGCGCCACAGUCUGGUUGUAGCGUUCCACUCGGGUGAUCAUCUUCACCUGCUCAUCGGCGUUGCGCCCCUGCAUGCAGUAGAAAGGGGUCACGCAGUCAGUUCGGCGCAGUGUUCUUUUCGUCAACGAUGACGAUAACGAAAACAUUUCAUCAACGAACAAGGUUUUCAUGACAAUGACGGGCUGAAAACGUGUCUUGGGAGACUAAAACAUAACGACAUGUGUAACCCGAGUCUGUUCUGUGCCGCCCCGCGUUCCGCUCCCACCUCUGACUAGGAUGGGACGCGAACCCGCGCGCCGCGACAAUUCUAGUCGGCAGGCAAGCUCGGUAACCACUGCGCCAAUAAAGCUCGAGCCAACGGCGCAGCCGUUAGCGACCUUACAUGAAGGAAUCGGCGGGGAGGUUUCCACGUGCUACAACGGAUACACUUUCUGUGUACCCGUUACACUCUCCCCCCGAAACCUUCGCUGCCGAUCCCGGACGAGCCCCCAUUUGUAACCCGAGUCUGUUCUGUGCCGCCCCGCGUUCCGCUCCCACCUCUGACUAGGCUGGGACGCGAACCCGCGCGCCGCGACAAUUCUAGUCGGCAGGCAAGCUCGGUAACCACUGCGCCAAUAAAGCUCGAGCCAACGGCGCAGCCGUUAGCGACCUUACAUGAAGGAAUCGGCGGGGAGGUUUCCACGUGCUACAACGGAUACACUUUCUGUGUACCCGUUACACAUGGAUGCCAGUUGUCGUCUGACGACACGAGAACGAGAUGAAAAUUCGCCAUUUUUUCCGUCAUUAAUUCACAAUGUGUGAUAUUUUCUAGUUAAAUGUGUAGUUAGCAUGCAUUUAGCAGUGUUUGGUCAUGUCACUCAUGUGACGUGCUGCGCCCCCCCCAACCCACACACACGCUUAAUCACCGGCUUUGCCAUUUCCAGGCUCCUUUUUAUGAAACAUAUGUGCCAGGUGCUGCUUGGUAAGUUUUGCUUUUUAUUCUUGGCUAGAUAUGCCAUGUUGCUUUAGCCUUUAAAGGUCUGUGCUGAGUGAUCAUCACGCACUAAACUAACUUGUAGCAUAGCGUUCGCGUUGGCAUUUAGCGAGGUGACUCGAUGUCUUCUUAAACUCUCGGAAAACAUUUUACAUACAGUUCGUGGUGUCCAGGUGAGUUUAAUUGCAAAUAACGUGCUGUUUUCCUGCUGAGUGUUUAUUAUCAUCAUGAAAAUGGUGAUAUCCUUUAAGACUCGACAGUUAUGUCUUCGUCUGUCAUGUUCAUUCAAAAUUGUUGGAAACUUUUUAUUUAUUUAUUUAUUCAUGGACUUAAACUUUUGAAGUUUCGAAAACAUUUUGAUAAUUGUCGACUAAAACAAGACGAAAUUUGUCUGGGUUUUCGCUAACUAAAACUAGACGAACACUUAACACAUUUUAAAAUGACUCAAAUAUGACUCAGACUAAUAAGUAUUUUUUCCCAAAAGAAUAAGACUAAGAAGAAAAUUAAAAUGGCUGCCAAAAACAACACUCUGCGAAAUGACCCGACUCCGCUUACCUCCCAGUGGAUCCACUUGAAGGCACUCAAGUCCACUGCGUUAAAGUCGUCCAAUGUCACUUCCGCGAUGUUACUAAAGAAAAGACACCGGAUUAGAAUUACCCACAAAACAAACAUUAUAUCAGGAAGAUGUGCAGCGGACCCCCACAGUUGUCCGUUCACCUAAUGGGCCAUUUUUUUUAUGGGGAGCAGGGAUGCUACUGUAAUUUCCGGAAUAAAAGUCACUUUUUUUCAUACUAUGGCUGAGCCUGUGAUUUACACUCAGGUGCGAUUCAUAUAAAAUUCAAAUAUGGAAUUUGACAUCUUCUGUUAUAAAUGUUAUACUGGCAGACCAUGGACUAAAAAUUACCCACAACCAGCCACAAGAGGGUGCUAUUUUUUCUCCAAAAUGGCAACUUUUUUCUUUCACUAGUUUGACUUAUAGUCCUGAAAAUACGGUAAUUAUUCCUCCUCACCUCCAUUAUUUUACCGUUUCCCACUUGGCCUUUUUUCCCCCCCAGAUUUUUUUGGGGGGAGCAGGGGAAAAAAUCUUUAAAUUCUGAAUGUUUGGCAUAUUUUGUGGGGGUCUGUUUUAAUUAUUACGCUGGUCAUCACAAUCAAAUUCAGAAUGAAUGAUUAAAUUGUAUUUGCAAAGCAAAUUAAAACAUUCUCGUUUCCAUUUUUUUUUUUUUAUAAAUCGUCCAAAAAUUAAUUUUAAGCAUUCUUCCAAAAAUUAAAAACAAGACCCAAUUAAAGGGACCCCGAGCAAAUUAACGCCACUGCAGAGCAUGGCCGAAAACAAACUUCUGUUGAUGAUGUCACUUCCUGUGACAAGAAACCUAAACUAGGUUAAGAUAAACUAAGCUAAGAUAAGCAUUUUUGUCCUGUAGUUUUUGUUGACCACUUCCCACAUGGAGGUGGACAUGGCUCCACAGUGGCUCAAGUGACCCGUCAUUAGACCGCCAUCUUCUUUGGACCGUCGUCCGCAAUCCCAGCGCCAGGACGGACCCGAACAAAAGCUCAGAUGUCCGUCCUACUGCUGAUGGGCGCAGCUUUGGCAUCGAACAAAGUGAAAUUGAAAAACAUUAAGUCAUUGGCCGUAAUUGACGGCAAUAGAAGUCCAAUCCAUAUUAAAUGAGAAUGGAUUAGACGUCAAAGACUGUUCAUUUGUCCUUACCAGUCCAAAUGGAUUGGGAUGCUUGUCACCUUCAAUGGCAGCCAAUGAGUCAGCAGAAAGGGAUACAUUCAAAGUAACCACAAAUAAGGUGAUCUUAGGAAAUAUUUGGUUUGAACUAGUGCUGCACCAAUACACUCUGUGGCUCCCAACACCAAUUCUGCUACGUGGAUGGCCGAUUCCGCAUUUUUGAAAGCAUACAAAAUAUUUUGUUUUUCCUUUUAGAACUAAAUUACUGCUUGCUCGAACAUAAAAUAAUUGUUAUCAUGGCUAGGCCAGACACUGCUUAACAACCUAACUUGGUAUGGUUGACAAUAAAUGGAUGAACUCCUCUAAAACUUGAAACAUAAAAUGCUCUCAAAGGCCAACAUUUUUGUUCAAUUAGGUAUCAAGUCUGAUCGCAUUAAGUCUAUACCCAGUGCCAUUAUACCACAUUAGUAAUAGUACAUUAUCUUGACUUAUGUGCUAAUCACUAUGCUAGCAGAGAACAUAUGUUUGCUAGUCUACCGUUUCUACUCAUUCAACAGAGCUAACAUCUUUAUAAACGCUCAUGUAAAUGUCAGUGUUCAAGAAACCAUGUAUCCUGGCUGGUAUCAUUGUUUAACAUGUUAUUUUCUCCACCAUUGAAAAUACAGGCCUAUACCUAAAAAAUAUGAUCGCUAAAUGAGAACAGGCAAAUACACCUAGCAGAAUAAAAAUGUAUUACUUAUUUUUCCUCUUCUUCAGCGGCCAUCUUGGAAAGGGCAACCAGUGGAUGAAAACGAAAUUUUGAAGAGUACAAAUUGUGCAGCAUUGGCGCGGUACAGUAUGUCUUAGUACUACUCGAUAACGAAGCCUGCAUUUGAAUGGCGUAUCGGGGCCCCUUCCGAUACCAGUAUCGGUGCAAUGCAAGUGGGAACCAAUUGCUAAAAAAUGAUGAUUGAGGGCUUUGGAUGAAUGAAAAUGGGAAGAAGACGCCAUGGGUGCCCAAGCUGCGCCCACCGUGCCGCGCCAUCGCCGGCUUGCCUUUUGCCCUUACGUGUCGGCCAGCAGUACAGUGCGAGAAGCACUCGACGGACAAACCACGCAACAUGCGCUCGGCGUUUGGCCUGUUGUCUGCCACGCCACGGCCGAAAUAUCGAUGGACCGACGCAAGAAGUCAUCCGCUAUGAAACUGACACAGAAACAUACAGUAAAUCGAUCGGACGCUCCUUCACAAUAAAAGCGCAGGGUAACACGGCCAACCAUACGACAUCGGGACGUCUCCCUGAGCGAGGCCUGAAACAAAGAGCGGGUCACUCAUGUGUACAUGUGCACGCACCUGUUGCUGUGCAGGAUGGUGCGACUUCCCGUGCCGUUGUUGCUGAUGACCAGCGAGGUCGGUGCCCCGCAGCCGCACUUGCGUAGCAGCGAUACGUCCACCUGGAACCUCUGAAAAUCCUCCAAAAUAAAACUACAAACGGGAAAUGGCUUUACCAGCCCUACAAAAUGAGGUAUCUGCGGACAACAUUUGAGUUUCUGUGUUCGUUUCUAAGUGUUUAACUCAUUGGGUGACACUGACAGUGACGGAUAUCCAGUCUGUUAAAGUGAGUGGGGUUCAAAGUAUCUUUCGCGAUCAUUGACAUCAAAUGAGGUAAAUAACUGCCCACUAUUGCUUUGCGAUAUGAGGAUAUAUAUCGCCAAAGCAAUAUCAAACAUUUUCCAUGUCGAUCAUAAGUAUGACCAUAGACCUUCUCAUGCAAUGCACAUUUGGUCAACAGUGCCUAAUUUGUGUUGACUUGCUAUGUUUAUGCCAUUGUAGUAAAGCCAAUCAGCCGAAAGAUGUCACUACCACCACUUUAUACAGUUGUACCUCUACUUACAAAUGUCUACAAAUGUUAUUUUCAGCUUACGACACGUUUAAAUGGGUAAAUAUUGCCUCUUGUUAAGAAAGACAUUUCAGGUUACGAGAGGCAAAAAUACUACACAAUAUUGUAAAAGAUUCACAUGUACUUCCUGCUUUCUGCUUUUAAAUGACGCACCAUAAGAUCCUGCUGCCCUAUAGGCAUGUGCCGGUUACCGGUUUUGAAGUUUACCGUGGUAUGAAAACGUCAGUGUUUCAAAACAACUAAAAGUUUCAGUCAAGUUUCCGCUAUUUUUUUUU